UCAUCGUUUGCGACGCGCUUGUUAUUUUUCGUGGAGGUUUCAUUCGGCUACAAAGUGUUAACAGCAAACCCCAGUUUAGCGAUCCGGCAAAAUGUCUUACUACGACGACGAAUCAUCAGAUGUCGGACUGGCUGGUCAAUCAAAGUUGGAGAGCUUCCUGUUCAGCUGCGAGCUGUCCUCCAAAGUCCCUUUCUACACUUUCCAAGGAGAUGAAGAGGAGGACCUGGAGCACUUCCUUGAACUCAGAACAGUUUGUCUGGGAGACGGUGCCAAGGUGGAGAGCAAUGUGGUGGAGGUAACGGCCAUGAACCACCAAGGAAAGACUAUCUCAGUGCCCAUCGCCAACCUCCACAUCAGCUGUCUGCCCAUGGUGAGUCUGGGAGAGUUUGAGCUGAAAGCCCCAGUGACCAUCCGGCUCAAGGCCGGGACAGGACCAGUGACUGUCAGCGGGUUGCACCUCAUCGCCUCGCAGGUCGAAGAGUCGGACCUGUCUGAUGAGGAAUUCGAAGAUGAGGACGAGGAGGAGGAAGAGAUCACCCCCAUUAAACCAGCAAAGAAGAAGCAGUAGGCGGAGGAGGCCGCCGAUGGAUUUUUGGAAUGGCCUCUCUCGCUCGCUGAUGUGUUUUAUGAAAUGACGCAGCUUUUUGUACCAGACGGACACGUUUUACAAAUUUAGUACUUCCUCCACGCAGCUGAACAUGCUGUCGGAGGAAGGGACAUCAUGACGGACUCUGACAUUCUCUCGCUGGUUUCUCACUGGUCUCUGCAGUGUAUUAAACUGCGGCUCAGACCGCCACUCGUAGAAGAACUGUUUUUGCUAUGAAAUGCUACCCGGUGUUUUAUACUGUGUAUGAUAUGGUUACCAGUGACAUGGAUUUAUUGCACCAGUGGUGGAAAACGUGUUUUACCACCAGUGGAUUCAGGUAUUGUUUCGAAGAUACUGUUCUUGUAAAAGUAAAAACAUUGCGUGUGUGUGUGAGUGUGUGUGUGUGGGGGGGGAAGGCUUUCCAGAUUAAUUCCAACUAAAUGGUGCAAUCAGAUGAUUUACACACAUAAAGUUUAUUAAAUGUUCAACAGUAUCUCCA